UGGGGCUUAUGUUAUUAUAACUGAUAUGUUUGUAUCUAAGAAUCUGAUAGGAAACUGGUAGACUUCAGACUAAAUUAAUAUACUGGAUUAUAUUUUAUAUCAAGGGUGCCAGACAAUUGAGAAAUGGAGACACGACGGAUAACUCACUGGGGAGACAUCGCUGUUGUUGUUGUUUAUUUUGUUCUUGUUUUGCUUGUUGGAAUAUGGAGUUUGUGCCGACCAAACAGAGGGACAGUAAGGAGUUAUUUUCUAGCCGGACGUUCAAUGUCAUGGAUCCCAGUUGGGGCAUCGUUGUUCUCUAGCAAUAUUGGAAGUGAACAUUUCAUUGGCCUGGCAGGAACAGGGGCAGCCAGUGGAUAUUCAAUUGUUCUUUAUGAAUGGCUGGCAAUGCCAUUGCUAAUUGUUCUAGCAUGGAUAUUUGUGCCAGUUUAUGUUGCUGCAGGGGUGUACACAAUGCCAGAAUAUAUGACUAAACGAUUUGGAGGGCAAAGAAUACGAAUCUACCUGAGUGUGCUUGCUGUGAUUCUGUAUAUUGUGACUAAACUUGCGGUCAGCAUAUUUGCUGGUGCUCUUUUUAUCCAAUUGUCUAUGGGUUGGAAUAUGUACUUGUCAGUGGCUGUUUUGCUUGUAGUUACCGGCAUUUUUACAAUUCUUGGUGGUUUGGCCGCCGUCAUAUACACAGACACCUUUCAGACAGGAAUUAUGCUGAUUGGCUCUAUCGUUCUGACUGUACUGAGUUUUAAAGAAAUCGGUGGAUUUGCAAAUUUUUAUCCAAUGUACAUGAAUGCAACAACAGCCGUUCGUGACACAAACAGUACAUGCGGUCUGCCGAGAGAAGAUGCUUUUCAUAUAUUACGUCAUCCAGUGACAUCUGAUAUACCUUGGUUAGGAACAACACUCCAUAUAUUAUUUGGAUGUUUGUGGUAUUUUUGUUGUGACCAGGUGAUAGUACAGAGAUCAUUAGCCGCCAAGACAUUGCCACAUGCCAAAGCUGGGUCGCUGGUGUCCGGCUACCUUAAAAUACUCCCUAUGUUUAUCAUGAUAAUGCCCGGCAUGAUCAGCAGAAUUUUAUAUCCGGAUGCUGUGGCAUGUGUGGUGCCAGAAGAGUGUAUAAAGCAUUGUGGUAAUCCUGUUGGGUGUUCAAACAUAGCAUAUCCAAAGCUGGUCCUGGAACUUUUACCAACAGGCCUACGUGGACUUUUAGUAGCAGUAAUGCUAUCAGCUAUAAUGAGCUCACUUACGUCAAUAUUCAAUAGUUCAAGUACCCUCUUUACAAUGGAUAUUUGGCCAAGGAUUCGGAAAAGAGCAUCAGAGAGGGAACUGCUAAUUGUGGGACGAGUGUUCAUACUUCUGUUGUGUGCAUUAAGUAUUUUAUGGAUCCCCCUCGUCAAGUCAUCGAAAAGUGGACAACUGUUUAUAUACAUCCAAGCUGUUCAAGGAUAUCUAGGAGUUCCUUUAGGACCUCUGUUUAUAUUUGCCAUUUUCUGGCAUCGUAUGUCCGAACAGGCCGCAUUUUGGUCCCUGGCAAUAGGGCAUUUAUGUGGUAUCAUCAGAAUGGUUUUAGAUUUCUCGAUGCCAGCUCCCGGGUGUGAUGAACCAGAAACCCGUCCAGCAGUUCUUUAUAAAGUGCAUUUCACAUAUUUUGGAAUUCUUUCUUUUGUCAUCACAAGCCUGUCGAUUGUUAUUAUAAGUUACUUCACAACGUCAAGCAACAAAAUUCAGGGUUUGACGUGGUGGACACGAAGGAAUGAUAUCGAAGAAAAUGAAAAUGAUGUUUUGCCAGAGAAUAAUGUCGUGAGUUUUGAGCAAGGCGAGGCCAUAGAAACUGGCGAAGAUCAAGGACCAACAAAGCAAUUAAAAUUCAUAACUCUCCUUUACCAAGUGUGCGGAGUACCCCAGAAAGCGGUCACAGUAAAGAACAUAAAUAUGGAAACAGAGAGCGUAUAUAAGGAACAUUUCAUGAAGGAAACUUCAUUUUGGAAAAACCUGCUAGAUAUGAAUGCAUUUAUAGGUGUGCUUGUAGUUGUUUUUCUAAUUGGCUACUACCAUUGAUGACGUUCUCUCUAUUUCUUGAGCUUUUCCUGCACAUAUAUGCAUUGAUGAUUUUCUUAAAGAGAUUGAAUAUUACCAUUAACAAACUUAUUAGAAAACUAAAUUUUUAACCCCACUUAAGCAUAUGCGAGGAAUACCUCAAAUGGCAGUAGCGGCGAGAAACGCAGAUCAGAAACUCUUCAAAAGGAAUAUAUGUCAAAGCAAACCACUGCUUGGAUAUCACCUGGAGGAAAUGAAAGCAUUUAUGUAUGUGGUUAUAGUUCUUAUAGGCUUUUCAAGUGAUGAUGUAUCCAUAGAUGACGUAGUUCACAAAUUUAUUGCGGAAAUUCCAUCUUCUAAUGGUAAUUGGUUUCUUCCUUGCAGCAAUAUAUCUAAUAAAGAAUUUCACAGAAAGAACAUGUAGAAACUUAACUUUAUACCCCUGUUUUACCAUACACACUAUGAAAAACGUUAAUUAUGAAAGAGAAACUGCAUAUUCGGCCAAGGAACAUUUCUUGGGGGAAACCAUUUUCCGUAGGAAAACUCGGAACAUGAAUGCAUUCAUUGGUGUAUUAUUUCUAGUACAUAUAUUUUUGAUUUGCUACUUUAUAAACUAUGACGUACAUACUUAACAUCUCUGCUAUGUUACUGAAAGCAUUAUAGAUUUAUGCAUAUAUUCAUAGCAAGAUCUGGGUAAAUUUCACUUUGACGAUAUAAGCAACAUCUAGGCAAUAACCUAGCAAAAUACAUUCUCGCAUAAAAACUACUUUUUCCACAAGAUCCGCUCACGUAUUAACGGGAGAAAAAUCGUAUACAAACAAGGCAGUUCACGUGCUGUUAAUGCAUGGUUUCUAUUUUUGAAAUACUUUGCCAGAGACGUAUUAUUAGUGCUCAGAUCAUGACAGAUGGACAUCUGGUAUAUCUGCGUCUUGUUCCUUCCAUAAUAAGCUCUUAUUUUGUAGAAAAAAUAUGUUGUCUAAUCCAUGGUAUGUUUUGCUGUAUCAAUUACCAAAACCAAACGCACAACUCUCUCCCCUACAGAGCCAAAAAAGUGCUUACUAGCUUCUUCCCUUUGUUUACUCCCUUUUGGACUGAGCGUUGGUUCAGUUUUUGCGGAUAACUGAGAAUGUAUUUAAUCGCGUGUAAGUUGUAUGUUUUGGGGAAUCAUAGCAAUGAUUUUGGGAAGUGUCAGUCGGUAUACUUUUACUUAAGCUAGCUUGUCGUACUAAUCCAUACACUAAAUAAGUGUUCGUAAUAAAAAUAACUCGAAUGUCAAAUUAUUGUUCUUGAAAUUGUGUUCCUUUUUCCCGAAAUUUUAAGUAAUAUGCAACAUUAUAGGUAAUGUUAUGUUUGUGCUAACGAGAAAUGAAAUAAUCGUAUAAAAACCUUCAAAACGUGCUUAUGGUAGGGUUGUUUACCGUUUCCAAGAACAACAGAAUCGGAAUUAAAAAUUGUACCAUAAUCGUUAAAUCAUCACAUAUGAAAACAAUAUAUUUAAUCUUCGUAUCAUGUUUUUUUAAUGUUAGAAUAACGACAAUGCACGUUUGUGUUGUGUAUUAACGAUUACCACGUAUAACACAAUAAAGGGAAACAAAUUCAGUAUUUCCAUAAGGGUUUCUUUUACCAAGAAUAACACAAAAUAUGAAAAUGAAUUGUUAUCUUGCAGAUGACAGAGUAGCAGAAAGACAAAGUGAUAUAAAGUAAUAUUUUGACAUUCUAAGCUUUGGUACCAAAUUUUUUUUACGUAUAUAUAACUACAUGAUAAAUUAAAUGCAAACAAUAUCAAAUGAGAUCGUUGCAGCCAAGCGCUUACCUAACACCACAAAGAAAUUAAGAUUAUUAUCAAAACCAGAGAAACAUUUUAAAGGUAUUCAAUAUUUGCAAUUUUCGUAAACGUAUUAUUUCACGAAAUGGCAUAUGAUAUCUCGAAAUAUAAUUUAUAGGCUGUACAGUAGUAAAUAAAUGUGCUUUAUGUUUUAUAUAAAAUAAACAAUCUUCCGAGAGUUGUAACACAUAGCCAGGCCCAUUUUAAAUAAGAAUUAUUAGCAGUAUGUUCUUAUAAACCACCAAGAAACGUCGACAUCACGUGACGUCUAGCAAAUUUCGCGCCUUUCUACCUGCAACCAGACGUACACAAGCUAGAAUAGAAAUUGGAUACACAAUAUAUUAUUAUGAAAGAAGUAUUCAAGGUUAUAUAACAACUCUAACCGUACAAUGCCUCAUUUAAAAGAAGGUAUGUCGCACCCUGAAUCACACUUCAUGUUAUAGCUUAAGCAUCGGAGGAAGACCCGAUGUACCCCUACAGACAUUAUUGCAUGAUUGGAAUUGCAUCAGGAAAACUCCCAGUCUGCAUUUCUGAAUGACUUUCUCAUAUGACGUUUCUUGCUGGACUCGAACCCACAGAGGUUAAGGGCAAGUGUGUUUAGUCACUAGUCGGGAAGGAUUAUAUCAUAAACAUAUAAAGUUUCUGUGUAAAUCUAUUAAUUAUCAUAAGCAUUUCAGGUCUAAAGAAAUGCUUUACAACAUAUAUUGCUAGAAUCUACUACUUCGAUGUUACACAAAUUUUUACAUAUAUUUACAAAGGCACAGCGUAAAGUUUAUACCACCGAGACAAAUAUUGUCCCAAAAUGUCAUGACAUCUUUUUAUGAGAGGUGUUAUUCUUAUAUCUAAACAUACUAACAACAAUACGUAUAUGUUCAAAGAUCUGUAUUUAUCCUGUCACUUGCAGUAUUUUCGACCCGAUAUCAGGGUGCCGUAUAUCUUUCUUGAUAUACCGUCAGUUGAUCAUGUGACCAGUGAUAUACGGUCAGUUGAUCAUGUGACCUUAUGAUCGAUAUUGUUGUCAUAAGAAAUUUUGCAACGAAACCAUCAUCAUU